UGACUACGACUGACAGGGACACGUUUUAUGCAUGUUUCAGAGGGGCAGCUGUACGCGGCGACGGUGGCCGAUUUCUCUGGUGGCGAACCGCUGAUUCACAGGGACAAGAUCCGCACCGAGCGCUCGGAUUUGAACCAGCUGAACGGCCCGAACUUUGUCAGCUCGUUUGCAUACGAAGAUUACGUCUUCUUCUUUUAUCGAGAAACAGCUGUCGAGUACAUGAAUUGCGGCAAGGCGGUGUACUCGCGGGUCGGUAGAGUGUGCCAGCACGACAAGGGCGGACCUCAUGCGUUCAACGACAGAUGGACGAGCUUCCUGAAAGCGAGGCUCAACUGUUCCGUGCCCGGCGAAUACCCUUUCUAUUUCAAUGAAAUACAAUCGACGAGCGACGUCACGGAAGGUGUUUACGCCGGCGAACGUGCCCGAUUGGUUUAUGGGGUGUUUACAACGCCUGUGAAUUCGAUCGGGGGCUCGGCCGUCUGCGCGUUCUCCAUGAAGAACGUCCUCGAAGUCUUCCAGGGUGCGUUCAAGGAGCAGGAGACCAUAAACAGCAAUUGGCUACGCGUGCUUCCGGAAAAGGUGCCCGAGCCGAGGCCUGGUGCAUGCGUGAACGACUCCAGAACGCUUCCAGACGUGACCGUAAACUUUGUGAAAGCGCACCCCCUCAUGGACGACGCGGUCCAAUCCUUCUUCUCAUUACCUGUGAUAACCAAAGUCAGCUUCAAUUACAGAUUUACCAAAGUCGCCGUGGAUCCUCAAGUGAAGGCGUUGGAUGGCAAGGCCUACGACAUUCUGUAUGUCGGGACAGACGACGGCCGAGUUCUCAAAGCGCUCAACACUCGUGCACCGGAUUCUCUGAGCAAUGUUAGCCAGGUCAUCGUAAGCGAUGUUCAAGUGCUGAAGUAUGGACAAGCGAUCAAGGAUCUGUUGGUGGUCCACCUGGCCGGCGAGGCGAGCAAGUUGGUCGUGUUUGCUGACUCCGAAAUUCGCGCGGUGCCACUGCACCAUUGCGACGCCCCUGCGGCGGCCACCUGCGCGUCUUGUGUCGGUCUUCAGGAUCCUCACUGUGCCUGGGACGCGACCAAGAAUCUGUGUGUGGCCGUGUCGACGAAACUGCACGACAGCGACGCCGACAAAACCCUGUUCCAGGACAUCGUGAACGGGAGACACAAGGGAUGCGGCUACGAGCCAGAGAUGGCGAAGCCCGUGCAACCAGCGGUUCUGCCCGAAAACGGGCGAGGCGAGCUGCCCGAUGAACGGGACAAUGAAAUCGUCAUCGAGCUGGAUCGAGAAAAUCAGUACGGUCGUACGCAGCCACGAGCUAACGAGCCUCAAGACGUGAUCGCGACACCGGUGGUGUACUCCGCCCAGACUCUGACCGGUGCCCUGAUAGGGACCUGCUUCUUCUCGCUGGUAGCCGGCUUCGCUUCCGGUUUCUGGUUCUCCCAGAGGCUACGGGGCGCGCCUUAUCCGGAGCCGUCGGAGCAGCGGCAACAGUUGAACCGGUUGACGGAGAGCUCCGAGUCGCCGGGGUUCAACAACAAGUCCAUCAACCUGGUGCUGAACGUGCCGCCCAAAAACCCGAACGGCAAGAACGCGAACUCGUCGGCGGAGAACAAGCCGGUGCAGAAGGACCCAACGGGUUCCGGCUCUUCUUCCUCCUCCUCUUCCUCCUCGGACCUCGCGGAAUCAGACGAUCGCAACGACGACGACGACGACGACGACGAGCCGAACAACGUUGACGACGUUGAGGACAAUCGAGUGCCGAGCGCCGGUCGCGCGGUUGACCAGCUGGCAGGGCACGAGGAGGACGCUUACGAGAGCGUGGCCAGCGAGGGGAGGUCGCUCGAGUUCCUCGCCGCGCCCAGGGAGGCGGCCACCUACGAUUCGCGGUCGAUGGUGGUCGAUUACGGCAGAAGGGGGUACGUCGAUCACCAGUUUCCUAGCGGCGGGGAGUACACCGAGACGGCGUUGAUGGAGCCGUCGGUGAACGGGCUUCAAGAUUACAGCAGCAGCAGCGCGAACAGCCUCGACGAUCUUUGCCGCGGGCAUCGCCACCGCGCCCUCGACGAGUUCAAUCGGGGAGACGAGUCGCGCGGGGAUCAUUACAUGGUGCCCACCAGGGACCCGAGAGAGUUGAACGAGAGGAUCCUUUCCCUGUUCAAUCCACAGUUCCUGCCGAAUUUCAACGACAUGAUCAUGUACGUGGCGAACCAGUACGACGCAAGACGGAGCCCGCCACCUAGAUCGCGCUCGAUGGCGGACGGGGAGGAUCGAUUGUUCAGGCGGUCGAGCUGUCGGAAGAAACGCGUUGGCGCGAGUUCCAUGUUCUUCCGCCGAGGGUUGACGUACGAAGCGGCGCGCAAGUGACACCUGUUGUCCCCUUUCGGAUUCAAACGGAGGAUACAAUGUUGGGUUGGGAUCGAGUGAUGAAACGAGCGAGGGACGAUUGGAGGGACUGUUGCCGACGAGGAAGGUGGAAGACCGACAGGCCAGACUUGAGGAGGAGGAGGAAACUGAUCUGCUGGUCGAUUGGUCUUUCUUUGGAGAAUGGUUUUUUAGAUACCUUGAGAUCAUCGUUCUCCUGCCUGAUUGACGAUCGUCCUUCCUGAUAUAUCGAAGGGAGAACUUUGUUCCUUGCGGUGAAGCGAGCUUUCACGCAAGGGAAGACCACGAUAUUAUUAUGCAUACCUAGUGUCGGCGUUACCUGAGAUGUCUCGAGUAGGAUGUGGUGGUACUCGAGAGGCACGGAUUUCAUUUUCGUUCAAUACGACCGUGUGUACAGAACGACCGGUACGUGUUGCAAGGCCACGUGCUUCCGGUGUCACGUGUCGUCGUAUCGUCUGAUGUAUGUAUAUGUACCGCGGGAACAGAGACACGCGUACUUUGGAACUAUUUUUUUAAGAUAAUAAUGAUUCACAAUUCAGGCUCUCUCCGAAUGUCUUAUAUAUAUAUAAGGAAGCGCGGCAUCGCGUGUCGGACGCUCCAACACGACUUGAGCUAAUUUUUGUACAGAAUUCGAACGAUUUUCGAGUUCUUCCUUUCCGUUUCUCACUAGUACGGCAAUGGAGGGAAAAAAAAAAAAUACAUGGGAAAUGAAGGGACACACGCAAAAAAAAAAAAAAAAUUGAUGGAGUAUCAAACAAAAAGUAAACAACGACGAUGGGACAAAGGAUCGGACUCGUAACUGUGUAAUGUGAUACGAUCUGGAGGAGAGUUCUGUGUUCGUAGCAGUGGCCUGCUUAGGUGCUUAGAACCGCGGUGAUUUAAGGACGUAGACGAAGCGUCUUCUUGCCACAUUCGGGUCCACGUUUCUCAAACUACCCUCCAUGAACUUUCGCCCCUCGACCGAGGCGAAUAAGGGAAAUAAAUUAACAAGAUGAAAAGGAAACUUAACCAAACAAGAUUCAUUUUACGCGAGAAAAGAGGGGGGAAAAGAAUCGCUUGCUAUGAAACGCCUAUCGAAUUCGCUUUGAUCCUAGAGACAAUGUUGAAGAUAGUUUUAACGAGAAUAUAAUAUAAAAAGUUAGGAAGUUACGAGUGUAAGGAGAUGAUUUUGUAAAGGGAAAAGAGGUAUUUAAAAGAAAAGGGGUUGAAGUUUGAGAAACGUGAUUCUCUCGUGGAGGAAGAGUUUCGAAAAGCAUUCGCGGGAGACGAGGCGUGCCUUCCGUAUAUUAAUUGUUGGCAAAUUUCUGAUCUAUAAAAAAAAAACAGGAACGGGAGAAUGCGGCCGGUAUAGAUUCGGGCAAGUGCCUCAUUUAUGCGUUUCGUUUAAAAAAAAAAAUGAAAUAUUCGAUAGAGGAAGGGAGGGGGACGACGAUAUGGGUGGUGAAUAUGAAAAAAAAAAGGGUGAGAAAGAGAGCGAGCGAGAGCGAAAGAGAGAGAAAGAGAGAUUGAGAGAGAUAUAAUAGAGACUUAUGUAAGACUUAUUCGAAGUAUUGUUGUGCACUUAUUGCCGUGCUGUGAGUAUAUUGGUUAUUAGCAAGAGAGAAUUGUAAUGUUGAGGCACGAGUACGAGUUAUUAAAAUAGAAAAAAAAAAA